UUGCCUCAGUGGACGAAGGAACAGAGCUUCGAAUCAGAAGAAGCCGGCGGGAAACCAUUACUAGGUGUAAGACGAAUUGUGAGACACAAUGUCGGUGGUUGAUGAGCCGCUGUACCCAAUAGCUGUUCUAAUAGAUGAGCUGAAGAAUGAUGACAUUCAAUUGCGGUUGAAUUCUAUUCGGAGACUAUCAACAAUUGCACGUGCUCUCGGGGAGGACCGUACCCGGAAGGAAUUAAUUCCAUUUCUGAGUGAAAACAAUGACGAUGAUGAUGAGGUGCUUCUUGCAAUGGCAGAAGAGUUGGGUGUCUUUAUUCCUUAUGUUGGUGGAGUGGAACAUGCUCAUGUGUUGCUUCUGCCUCUUGAAACCCUUUGCACGGUGGAGGAAACUUGUGUGAGGGACAAAGCAGUUGAGUCAUUGUGUAGAAUUGGAUCCCAGAUGAGGGAGAGUGAUUUGGUUGAUUGGUUUAUUCCUCUUGUGAAGAGACUAGCAGCUGGUGAAUGGUUUACUGCUCGAGUUUCCUCUUGUGGACUGUUUCAUAUUGCUUACCCUAGUGCCCCAGAUAUGUUAAAGACGGAAUUGCGGUCAAUUUACAGCCAGCUAUGUCAAGAUGACAUGCCCAUGGUAAGGAGGUCUGCUGCAACCAACUUGGGGAAGUUUGCUGCAACUAUUGAACCUGCUCAUCUCAAGACUGACAUCAUGUCAAUAUUUGAAGACCUUACUCAAGAUGAUCAGGAUUCUGUUCGGUUAUUAGCGGUUGAGGGCUGUGCUGCUCUUGGCAAGUUGCUGGAGCCCCAGGAUUGUGUUGCACAUAUUCUUCCUGUCAUUGUCAACUUCUCUCAGGAUAAAUCUUGGCGUGUACGCUACAUGGUUGCAAAUCAAUUAUAUGAGCUUUGUGAAGCUGUGGGGCCUGAGCCUACCAGGUCAGAAUUGGUUCCUGCAUAUGUGCGCUUACUUCGUGAUAAUGAAGCUGAAGUACGUAUAGCAGCUGCUGGCAAAGUAACCAAGUUUUGCAGGAUUCUUAAUCCAGAACUUGCAAUUCAGCACAUCCUUCCAUGUGUUAAGGAAUUGUCAUCAGACUCUUCCCAGCAUGUUCGUUCUGCUUUGGCUUCGGUAAUAAUGGGAAUGGCUACUGUCUUAGGAAAGGAUGCAACAAUUGAGCAGCUUCUUCCAAUAUUUCUUUCCCUUCUGAAGGAUGAAUUUCCUGAUGUGCGCCUCAAUAUUAUUAGCAAGCUUGAUCAAGUUAAUCAGGUUAUUGGAAUCGAUCUUCUGUCCCAGUCUCUAUUACCAGCUAUUGUUGAGCUUGCGGAGGAUAGACAUUGGAGGGUCCGGCUUGCAAUAAUAGAGUAUGUACCUUUAUUGGCAAGUCAGUUGGGUGUAGGGUUUUUUGACGAUAAGCUUGGUGCUCUCUGUAUGCAGUGGUUACAGGACAAGGUUCACGCAAUUCGAGAUGCUGCUGCUAAUAACUUAAAGCGCCUUGCAGAAGAAUUUGGUCCAGAGUGGGCAAUGCAGCACAUUGUUCCACAGGUCUUGGAUAUGAUCAACAAUCCACACUACUUAUAUCGGAUGACCAUACUGCGUGCAAUUUCAUUCAUGGCCCCCAUCAUGGGUCCAGAAAUCACAUUUUCAAAGUUACUGCCUGUGGUCAUUGCUUCAUCAAAAGACAGAGUGCCAAAUAUCCGGUUCAAUGUGGCGAAGGUGUUGCAGUCACUCACUCCUGUUGUUGAUCAUUCAGUAGUAGAGAAGACAAUAUGUCCCUGUUUGGUUGACCUUGCCGAGGAUCCAGAUGUUGACGUCCGCUAUUUUGCAAACCAAGCAAUUCAGGCAAUAGAUCAUGUCAUGAUUUAAAGCUAAGAAUAAAUCAGUAGAACUGGUAUUUGCACUGAAGGCCCCUUCCUGCAGGGGCUAAACUUCUGCAAGCGUUGAUGCUUCGAGUGGUGGUAUUUUUUUUACUAGCAUGUAGGGCAAUUUAUGGUUACUGAAGAAACGUUCAUAAUUUUGCACGACAUCGUCAAAUUCUCUCUGAGAUGCGAUGUUUCUUUUUCAUUUAAUUGCUUUAUAUAUAUAUAUAUUCAUUUUUUGGCAAUUAAGAAAUUCUGUUUAAGAAAUGAAAAGGAUGGUGUCGAAAGAUGCUUAUUCCAUUCUGUCUGAAGCAAUAGAUGUGUUGAUUGAAUGCAAAAAUGGCAAUUCCAGCAAGAAGCACAUGAAGGAAGAAAAAUGCCGUCUCGCCAAAAAAGCAACUACCAUCGACCCUGCCUCUCGGAAAGGUCGGAUAGGUAUAGCUGUGCUGGAGAUUUUUGCCAGACAAAGAAGAACCUUACGCCUUUUGGUGUGUUAUUAAACAAAAUUUCUGUACAGUAGCAAUGCCGAGCACACAAGUCUUGAGUGGAAGACACACUGCUUUAGUUAGAAAGACAUAAUGAUUCUUUUAUUUCUGAUUAGUGACCGGAAUCUACCAACAUAAUAGCCGGAAACUGGCAAUAUGCGUUUGUUUGAACUCCACCAUUACAACCUAUUCUGGGGGAAAAUUGUGGAAGCUGUAAACUAUUCAAAUGCAUUUCAACUUUUACUA